CUUAGACAAGUAUCAAAAAUUUACUUACUAUAUAAGUAUUCCAUGCACAGGACUAAAGCUGCCGUCCAGUUAUAAUUGAAAUAAUUAAUAAUUAUUAUAAUUAUAACUGGACCGCAGCUGUAGUGAUGUACAUGUUGGAUGGGUGUAAAGCUGGAUUAGUAACUGACAACAGACUCAUAAUCUGUGGUCAGACUAUGAGUCUGUACUCAAUUUAAUAUAAGACUGUCUCACCGCAGAUGUAAGCUGCAUGUAUAGAGAAUGUUGUAGGCCACCAAUUCUUCAAUCACUUGUGAUGUAAAAAGACUAUUGGUAUACGUUGAUGUAUUUGUGUAAAAUAAGAAUAUAAUUGUGUAACUAGUUUCACAAAAUUGUUACUUGCUUAGCAAAAUGAACUGUGGGUCAUGGGAUGCUGCCCUGUGGCACCCCUACAUUCUUUCUGUGGGUAAUACUUUAAUCCAGUUCAGGUGGUUGGACCAUUUAUCGUUACGUAAGCUAUAGAAGCAGGCUCAGUCUCCGUAAUUAGUAUAAGACGUUAGCUGGUCUAGAAGUGUUCUAUGCGCUUUUUGUGUUCACUAUACCCCAUGAGUGUUUGCUGCGCCCCGAACGUUUCUGCGCCCAGGCCUAUUUACUACCACUCGAAUUAUGUUCGGUGGAAAGAGUUUGCUGUCACAAUACAUUGUCAGCUGAUUCAUCAAAACAAGUGCUAAACCACAACAACAUCUUUUGGGCUACCCAGGAUAGCCAGGACGCCAGGCGUUUAUAUCAUCUGGAGUCACAGAGUAUUGUUAGAUAGUCUUCCAGUUGAUACUCUGUGCUGGGUGCGGUCCGGCGCUCGCCUUUCCGGGUGUAGCGAGGCCGGGAUCUUCAAGUAUUUGCAAAACAUGAGAAGGCGUGCCGGCACAAGAUGACUACAGAAGAAAAUCCUGUGUGGACAGAGUGGAUGCCACUCGGUAGCUUGUUGGACCAGUUGCCACAACAAUUCCAGCGAGGUCUUGGGGCUGCUGACCUGUUGCUGACUUGCCUGGCAACUCUGCCACAGCACUUAGUUUUAGGCACCAAUGUGGGGCUUGUUUACUUGGCUCAUUUACCAUCAGCCAACCUCAUGAGACUCAAGUGUGAAAAUCCGUUGUCACCAUUAUCAAGUGUAGCAAGUUUACGAACUGUUGAUGACAUGAUUGCUGCAGGAGCUGUUGAUGGUACUCUAACAAUUUUUCAACUUCCUAGGGUAGCCAAUUUUCAGGAUGCACAGUCAUCAUCUACAUCAGAUUCAAGAGUGCUAAGGCCAAAAGGUAUCAUUGCAGUACAGCCUACUGUCAAACGUUUUACAGUAGCAAAUGUUCACAGUACUAGGAUAACUAGCUUGACCUGGAGUCGAAAUGGGAUGCGACUCUUCUCUGGAGAUGCAAAUGGUGUAGUUUCAGCAGUAGAAAUCAAUUAUCAAACUAGUGAGUGCACAGCCAAAAAGCUCUUGCUGGAGAAAAGUAGUAUAACACAACUAUCUUACCACUAUCAGCUUUUGGCAGUAUCUACCCUAGAGAGAGCUCUUAUAUAUAAUUUGACUCAAGGUAAAAUCCAUCAGGUUGGUCAGAAACCCCGCAAAUAUUUGGGGUUAUUUGGAUGUAUAUGGCAUCCUACAAUCUCGUGUUCUGAAGCUUUGCUUUAUACUUCUCGGCCUGGACUGAGACUCUGGUCAUCAACUAGUGAGGGGGAAGUCAUGCAUACUCACAUCAUAAAAGAAUUGCCAGAAACAGCUGCAGCACGCUUGUUAAAUCCUAGCAUCGAGAAGCCUAGGGAAGGUGAAAAGUUUUCAUUUGGGCUUUUACAUAUGCUUGGCACAUCUCAUAUUGUUUCAUAUAAUCCACACUGGAUCUUUAUAGUAGAUGUAAAUAGCUUGAAAGUGUUAAGUUAUAGUGGACAAUUCCGACAUAUAACUGGAGUAGCUGUCUCGGACAGAGAAAUAUAUGUGUUAGAAGGAUCCCGGUAUGUUGCUUGUCUCAGCACUGAACCCCUUGAAAUGGGAGAGAAGGUAACUCCUCCUCAUACAUGGAUUUCUUCUUUAACUGAAGCUGAGAAUCUGCGUGACAUUGGCUCCCGGCUUGUGUCUAGAGGAUCUGGAAUUAUUGAACAAAUUGCUCGUGUAAGUGGCUCUGUUGCAGCUAAAUUCUCUGAACAUGCAUCCUCAAGUGCAAUAAUAGGACACGAUGCCAAGAAUAAUCAACAGCAAGGAUUUAAAAAGACUAACCCAAUGGCUACUUCACUCCAUCAACCUUCACAGAAAUUACAGCAGCAUGAUUAUCUUGUACCAACUGCUGAUAUUGAUAUAAAGAGAGAGAAACAGGGCCAUCAUAGAUCAUCAUCAUCCGGAACAAUACAAGAGAGUGAGCAGUUUCCACGUUCAUCAGCCUCUGCACAUCCACGAAUGGUGCAAUCUGUCAGCAGCUUUUUUCCUUCCCUCUUCUCAUCUCCGUUACUUAUAACAUCUUUGGGGAAAACUCCUCCCUUGCAGGAUAUAUACGUUACGGGCGAGAUGGAAGUUUCUGGAGACUUUGAAGAAAUUGUAACAAGUUCUCAGAUUGUUGCUCAAGAAGGUGGUGACUCUGAGCCAUUGGUUCAAAGAGAGAAGCCAAAAAAGAAAAUGAAGAAGAAAUAUGAUGCUAUUCCCUCACCGGACACACUAAGUAUAAACAGUUUCAAGUCAACAUCAGAUACAAGUGAUUCAGCUAGCAGUGGAACACCAUCAAGCCUACCGGUGGUUUCUCCUGUCGUACCUCCUGUGGGGCCUCCUGUUGAGCCUCCCAUGGUUUCUUCUUGUGUGCCCAAGGGUCACACCCAUCAAGAUGUGCCUGCAUCACGAAGUACAGACUCUUCACAGACCAUUCAGCCUAAAGAUAAGAAUAGUGGAUUGAUAACAAACGAGAGAACUAUAGAGAAUUUGGAAACUGUUUGUGAUAAUCUUGUUGAGGGGCCUUGUAAAAGAGUUGAUUUUGAAGAAUCUGAAGAAAAUCAUAUUGCAGACAAAGUAGAUUUUUCAAGUGUUGAUACUAGGACAUAUGAUGAUUUUAAAAGUGAUAUACAACAAAAGGAGAGCAUUUUGGCAGAAAUUCUUGAUCUUGGUUGUUUAAAAAUGGAUCAUGAAAUGAAAUCAAGUGAAGAAAAUGUAACUGAAACUAGAAGCUCUGAGGACUGCUUAAUUCUACACAGAGAACAUAGUUUUGAGAGUACUGUUUCAACCCCAAGUACUUUGAAGGAGUCAAGUCCUGCUCCUAGUAAUUUAAGCACUUGUGAUUUUUAUGCCCAAUUUUACACUUGUGAUAAUAGCUAUAGUUCAGUAGACAGUGGCACCGAUAUUUACAGUCAUCAAGAAGUCGCAGGCUGCACUAACACUGUUACUGAUCGUUUCCUGUUAAGAGAUGGAGAUGAGCAAAUAGCAAGUAACAUAAGUGAGGACAGACAUAGUUGUUUAAGUUAUGGCCCACCAUCUGGGAGCAGUCUCUUAUCUCUUGGAAACAGGCCACAAGCUGAGGCACUGGAGCAAGCCACAGGUGACUCAAAAGACAUGCACACUGUUACAGAUUCAUCAGAUGUGGCAGAUAUUAGUUGGUCAUAUGCUACCUCAGAUGUACAAGAAUGCUUUGAAUAUGACGAAGAGGAAAUGACCGGUGGAUGGAUUAGACACAGAUUUCCAGGCAGUGUUACCAGUUUGAGUGUUUCAGAAAAUAAUGUUGCAUUUGUUGAUGAUUGUAACUGCAUUUUUUUUAAAGAUAUUAAUGCCGAAAGCAAAUCUUGGAGAAAGGCUAAAUUGACUGCAAAAGCUUCACAGAUUUCCAGUUCACCAAGUGGGGGUAUAAUGUGGAUACAGUUUGUCUCUAAUGUAUAUGCAAUCUGUAAUCCUAAACUGGAGCUGCUACCAACAUCAAAAAUGGUGCCUGUUGCCAGGAAUGUUCUACAAAUGUGUGUGGAUGAAGAGCUUACAUGGUACAUCAAUCAGGAAAACCAAGUAUGUGUGCAACCAAGUUUGAGUGACAAAAGCCCUCUUAUUGUACGGUGUGAAGAUUUUAAGAUGGUGCAAAUUGCUUGUCGUUACCAAGUGGUGUGGGGUUUAUCUGACCAAGGACAUGUGGUUUUCAGGAUAGGUGUGACUACUCAGUCACCUUUGGGCCAUGAUUGGGGAGUGAUGGAGGCCCAUGACAUGCUUGUAGUGACUCUGGCACUGGGACCAGGAGAGAGGGGGUGGAUAGUGGAUGACAAAGGUCGAGUAUACUUUCGACUUGGAGUUUGUGCCAAGUACCCACAGGGAAGUGAUUCUAAAUGGUGGCAGGUUGUAACUAGUGACUAUAUGAUGGAGUUUAUGGAAGGAGAGCACGGCCGUGUCAUGCUUAGUGCAUCGUCAAAAGGAAUCUGGUUAGCUCAAGAAAACUCAAACUGGUACUCUGUACAUGAUCCAAAAUGCACAGGUCAUGUUUGGUCUGUGUUCAGCGAAGAUGUUUGGUCUACUAUCUGUGCCGAGGGCUUGUACACAGACCAGGGAGCCAUCUGCUGCCUCUCUCCUUUAGGACAGCUAUUUGUUGUAAACCCAAACACUGCCUCUUGUGUGCCUUUUGACUUGCCUAAGAAUGAAUGUGUCAUGUGCGUGAGCCAACGUCCAGAGGCCAUGUGGGUUCUAACAGCAGCUGGUGACAUCUUUAUCAGGAUUGGACUGUCUGCAAAGUCUCUACAUGGGUCACAUUGGAAACAUCUCGACUUGAGCCAAAUUGGUGACAUUCAUCUGUGUCAUAUUUCAUGUGGGAUGGACGUUGUGUGGGGUGUGGACACUCGUGGGGGUGUUUACAUGCGGCAAGGUCGCCUUACUCCUUCAGUAAAUGAAAGUCUUCCACCAGCAUGGAUCCAGGUUGAUCCAGUUCCUCUCAAAGGAAAUGCUGUGUUCACUAAGGUUUUUGUGGGAAUGAAGCUGCACAUGGUGUGGGCGGUGGAUUCCUGCCGCCGUGUUUACGUUAGAGAAGCCAUCUUCCCUGAACUACCUAUUGGCUUGUCGUGGGUUCCUGUUGCUGGGCUUUUGGCUCUACAUAUGUCCAUCAGUGAAAAUGAGGUUUAUGCCCUUACUCCUAAUGGUGAAGUUUUCAAGCGUGUUGGAGUGACCAACACCAAUUAUAUUGGUGAUGCAUGGCAGAAAAUACCAGGAAACCUUGCAAAAAUUUCAGUUACUGUAGAUGACUGCUUGUGGGGUCUGAACAACAGGGGACGCAUCUGCCAGCAUGAUGUAUUUAAGAUAUUGGACUUGCCUAAAGAUAAAACUAUAAGGAAAAAUAAGACCAUCUCCUUGAGUUCUGAAACCUUAGAUUGGGAAGUAUUGUGAUAAGCACUAUAGCAUAUUGUAGCAUAAUAUCUGUGGGCAUUAUGCAUACACAACUUAUAUUAAUUCUCAGAGAUGGUACUGAAAACUGGAGAUUUGUUAUUUUACCAAUAUUUUUACUAUAUAUAUAUACUGUUCCAAUAUUUAUUAUUUUAUAAUAUACUAAUAAAUUUUAUAAUAUUU